UGCAGUUUAAAUCUACGAUGUGGUCGAUUUGACUUACGAAUCAAGAUGAAGAUGUUCAUCAUAGUGCAAUUGGUGCUGCUUUUGAAAGUAGUUGAAAAUGUGGAAUCCCAGUUUAUGCAACAGAUGCCCUCGAUGCCUUCAAUGCCGUACCCGCAAAUGCCCCAGAUGCCGCAAAUGCCACACAUGCCGAUGAGCAUGGGUCCCAUGCAGAUGGGCCAUCCGAUGGGCAUGCCCUCGCCCAUGCAAAUGGGCCCGAUUUCAAUGAUGCAACAACCGAAAAUGCCAGUAGUCGUGAUGCCGUUCCGUAAUAAAGAGAAGAGCAGCAAUCGGAAGAAAUAUAAGUCAAAAAGGAAGAAGCAUAGGCCCAAGAAGUACCUAUCUUUGAGCAGCGACAGCGAAAGUGGAUCAUCUUCUGGUAGCGAAGCCGAGUUCCGCAGUAGCAAGAAGAAGCGAGGGUCUAAACACAGCGCGAGGUCCAGAGGAUCACACAAGCGGCAUCAGGUUCUGACUCCGGUUAUUUCGUAUGUGACUAAAGAAGGUUAUGUGGUCUAUCAGAAGAAAAUAAAAAAAGACAAAGCGAAGGACUGGUUGGAAAUAGGGAAGACGACUCCAACUAAACAGGAUGCCAGUGGGGAGACAGGAGAGACCAGCGAAGACGCCGAUGAAGCCAUGCGCAAGAUGCUGAAGAAGAAAUUGAAGAAAGUUAAGAAGAAGCAUAAGUUGUAA